UUCUUUCCCAAAAAACUACAUAUCUUUUUGUCUUUCAUUUCAUCAUUUUCUCUCGCCGUUGUCUUUAAAUUUAAGAUUUUUUAUUAAAAAAAAAACUCAAGUUUUCAAGUUAUGAAUCCCUCAGCUCCAGUUUACGGCGAAAAACUGAUGACCGGCAUCCCUGUUCCGGGCCAGUUUCAAGCUAACCAUCCCGGAACUUGGUCCACUGGACUCUGUGACUGUUUCUCCGAUUUCUCAAACUGUUGCAUAACUUGCUGGUGUCCAUGUAUUACAUUUGGACAGAUUUCAGAGAUUGUGGACAAAGGAACUGUUUCUUGUGCGGCAAGUGGAGCUUUGUAUUUCUUAUUAGAAGCAUUAACAGGCUGUGGAUGCAUGUAUUCAUGUUUCUAUCGUACAAAGAUGAGGAAACAAUACAAUUUGCCAGAGAGCCCUUGUGGGGACUGUUUGCUUCAUUUUUGCUGUGAAUGUUGUGCCUUGUGCCAAGAGUAUCGUGAGCUCAAACACCGUGGAUAUGACAUGUCAAUUGGUUGGCAAGCAAAUAUGGAGAGCCAAAACAAAGGGAUCGCAAUGGCUCCAGAAGUUCAAGGAGGGAUGACUCGAUAAAUGGAUUAAACUUUGACCUUCUAGUGUGAUAUCUGUAUUCCUCUCUUGGAUUAAAUUUUGUUUUAUAAAAUAAAAGUGAAAUUUGUUAAUCAGUGGAUUGUUCUUGUCCUUGCAAGAUAUAAUAUUGGUUGUUAAUCUGGUUUAAUGUA